AUGGGGUCCCUGGAGAUGACUGGUGGAGAGCAUUUAAGUAAACACCCAGAGAUUGUGAUUCGAAGACCAGAACAACUAAACGUGGUGUCAAGUCUUUCCCGGGGAAGAACGUCCACAUCGCGACAAAGCAUCACAAUACUUGCUUGUGUCAAUGCCUCUGGUGACAAAAUGCCACCGAUGUGCAUUGUCAAAGGGAAAACCCCGCGAUGUGUAGAAUCAUUUGCGACCAUUGAUGCUCCUCCGGAAACGAUAUGGACUUACCAAGAAAAGGCUUGGAUGUGUGAUUUGCUUGGGGAACUUUGGUUCAAAUCCGUUUUCCUUCAGAACUGUGGGCCCCGCAGACCACAACUUCUUGUUUUAGAUUCUCAUAGUUCUCAUGAGGUAUUGGGUCUUUUGGAGGCAGCCAUUUCCGAGAACAUAUUAAUUAUGGCGUUGCCUCCACAUACCUCCCAUCAUCUGCAGCCCCUUGACAAGGCAGUCUUUGGUCCCUUCAGCAAGGCGUAUGGUCGAGCUUGUUCUGAAUUUAUGACAAAUCACCCUAACCACGAGAUCAAUAAGUCUACUUGGCCAAGAAUUUUCAAAUCAGCUUGGGAGGCAUCAGUAACCCCAGACAACAUCAAAAGUGGGUUCCGUGCAACUGCAGCCGUGUCAUUAACUACUACAGAUCUUGUAGAGGACCACGACAGCUCAACCAAACAUGGAGACAAGCUAGGUACACCAGACGAUCUAAUACCCGAUGAUAUGGCCUCUCUGGAUGCCCAGAUACCACCAGCAGAUGUUGGCGCUCUUUAG